UUCCGGGACCUUGACGCAUCGUUGCUGUUCAGCCAUUGAACUGGGAAGAGCAGCUCAUGGUUUUAACUGCGACCUGUGUGCGGGUUUAACAAGGGAAAAUGACGCCGUUUGGGUUAUUCUAGGGCUCGCCCCACGGCGCACGGAGACACUAUUCGGUUGGCCGGGGGGUCUUCGGUGAGGAGCAGGGCCCCGAUGUCUGUAGCGGCCGCAGGGGGAGGAGGCUCCCCUUGCAUGGGCGCAGCAGCAGCAGCGGCAGCGGCGGCGGCGGCAGCCAGUUGCAGCUCCGGCGGCUCGUCCUACGCUGCCUCGGCGGGCGCAGGCGCAGGGGUGGCCGGGAGGCUGCCAGCCCGAGUGCUGGAGCACAUCUUCUCCUAUCUGGAGAUGUGCGACCUGAUGCGCUGCUCGCUGGUCUGCUGGCACUGGAACAGCAUUCUGGCGGAUGAGAACAGCGAGGUGUGGCGCAGCCUCAGCGCUCGGACUCUGAGCGAUGAAGCCCUGCGGUCCGAUAUCCUGUGCAACCUGCCCACAUAUAAGGGGAAGCUCAAGGCCUUCCAACAUGCCCUGAGCUCCCACGACUGCUCCCGGAACGUUUACGUGAAGAAGAACGGCUUCACCCUGCACCGCAACCCCAUAGCCCAGAGCACGGACGGCGCUCGGGGCAAGAUCGGCUUCACAGAAGGCCGGCACGCCUGGGAGAUCUGGUGGGAAGGGCCCCUCGGCACCGUGGCGGUGAUAGGCAUCGCCACGAAGCGAGCGGCGAUGCAGUGCCAGGGCUACGUAGCCCUGCUGGGCAGCGAUGACCAGAGCUGGGGCUGGAACUUGGUCGACAAUAACCUGCUGCACAACGGGGAGGUCAGCGGGAACUUCCCGCAGUGCAACAACGCGCCCAAAUAUCAGAUCGGGGAGCGAAUCCGAGUGAUUCUAGACAUGGACGACAAGACGUUAGCCUUUGAGCGAGGCUUCGAGUUUCUUGGAAUUGCUUUCCGUGGACUGCCUAAAGUCUGCCUGUUCCCCGCCGUCUCCGCGGUGUACGGCAACACCGAAGUCACAAUGGUUUAUCUGGGGAAACCUCUGGACGGUUAGACGCACAUUAAACAUAAACUCCCGACAGGAACAGCACCGUUUUUUUUUUUUUUUUUAGGGGGGUGGGGGGAGGUUGUUUUGUUGUUGUGGUCAACAGACUUGCUAACGCCGUCUGCCCUGAAGUAUUAAUGUGACGGAAGCCGAGGCAAACCUGGACGUUCAAAUACGGUCCGGCUCUUCUACUCAAGGCUCAACAUGACAAGACGCGGGAGGGGGCACACCACGUGGAGACAGGGGGGGGGGGGGG